UCCAAAAUCUUGCAUCUUACCAAGUACUGUACAGUGUUGGGUAGCAAGAGAGCAUCAUCAAAUGGAAGAAGCAACCCAAAUCCCAAAUCCUCCUCCAUACUCAGUCAAAACUCCCCCUCAUCUUCAUUCAAAGACCAAAAAGAGAACUCUUGAUAGUGAUGCCCGAAACUCCACCUCCUUCAAGAUUCGUGCUCUCCUCACAGACAUUCGUCCCAAUGUUCUUGAGGUUCUCCGGACCCCUGAAUUUCAAAAGUGCAAGGCGGCCAAUGAAAUUCAAGAACAGGUGAAACUUCUGAUGGAACUAUACAAACAGAUGACACCAAAAGCGCUUACUGCACCAAGAUAUAACAAUGUGCUAGAAGGGCAGCUUUCAUCUGGUGCACCAUCAGAAGAUGAGCUUCCAUCAGGUGUAGCUGGUGAGAAGCAGCAGGCUGAAGAUGGUCAAAAUAUAGGAACUUGUGUUGUUGGAGGAUCAGCUUUCGGCUGGAACUUCAUCACCUUUUCCAGCAUGGGACCACUCUAUUAUGGUAUGAAAAAUGAGUUGUUUCGAGCUCAAGCAGCGAAGCUGACAACUGUAUAAUCCUACCGGACUAUGGGCUGUUGAAAUACAUUGACAAUAGGUGAAAA